AUGCAGACUGCUUUUCGGGUGCGAAGCCGCGCGCUGGUCGUCGCGCGACAGCCGCCACCGUCGCGUCGGACAUCCGUAACGCUCGUGCCCUUGCAGUCGCGACUGCCAGUCCGUGCAUCGCGUCCAGUCCUGCCGUCACUUUUAUGCUCUUCUUCUCCUUGUCCAGAUCCGUCACAAAAAAAGGCGCACCGAUUGCACCAGCUUUCAGACGGUUCAGCUGUUGAUUCCUUGGACCAGAGAAAGGGUCGAGUGGGGGUAGGGCUGGCACUAGCAGCCAUGGGCAUUGCGUUUGCAUCGAUGGAAGAGGCAGCGACAGAUGCAAAGGAAAGGACGGAAGACGAGACGCACAAGGUGUCGGGGCAGAAACGAGACGAAGAACACGCUGUUGAAACAGCUGCUGCAGCUGAAGUACCGGCGAGCCAGAAACGGGCGCUGAAGAAGCGCAAGUCGAGCGUGAAAGACGGCAAUGUGGUCGUGAGCACUGCAGCUGUGCGGGGCGACCGCGCGUACAUGGAAGACACGUCGUUUGUCUCGUCCUGCAACCGGUUUGCAGCUGUUUACGACGGCCAUGGAGGUGCGGCCGUGUCGCAGUUUCUGCGGGACCAGCUGUUUUCGACGAUUGCUCCGGAACUUGCUCAAUUGGACCAAGAAGUGCAAGCGGAAACACAAGUGGCAGCGAAAGCGAGUCGACGACAAAGGAUCGCAGUGAUGCUGCGUGAUGCAGUGCACAAACUAGAUGACCAAGUAAUUGCCAGGGAUGAGUGGAAGUUUCAAGGCUCGACAGCAGCGGGGGUGUUCAUGUUUGAAGACGUGCUGUACUCGCUCAAUGUCGGCGACAGUCGUGCGGUCUUGUGUCGAUCGGGAGAGGUUGUCGAUCUCACGCGGGACCAUAAACCGAACGACCCACAGGAACGCGCAAGGAUCGAGUCACUGGGGGGUCGUGUCCAGUGGUUUGGCUAUGUAGACGCUCAAGGUGAGCCAAUCGAGCCGUACGGAGCAUACCGGGUGAAUGGGAACUUGGCAGUGGCGCGAGCUAUUGGGGACCGUGAUUCACGGCCAUAUGUCAUUGGGGAGGUCGAGAUUCGGCAGUACGACAUCGAGCACGGUAAGGACGAGUUCAUUGUAAUCGCGUCGGACGGGCUCUGGGACGUGUUUACUAGCAGUGAGGUGGUGGAGUUCGUGCAAGACGUCAUGAGUGGCGAGCUCGGUGGACGCGAGGCUUGGAGUAGUGGCGGCCACAGCGAUACUCGUGUGCCUAUUUUCGAGUGGUCACAGCAGUACACGAGCGACCGCUCAAUGAUCAAAGCUGCGCGCAGGCGGCGCAAGGUGCAGAUCGCCAAUUACUUGGUGCAGGAAGCGCUUUUUCGUGGCACUUCUGACAAUGUGUCGGUCGUGGUGGUAUGGCUUCGUUGA